UAGUUUGUUGCGUUUACAAAACAGUAACAGACAUAAAAUAUAACAGUGACGAAAUUUCAGUAAGGCAAUGAAGGACAUCGUAGCCACGUGGCUCACCGACUCUUGGCGCCAUACUAAAUCAUUUGUGUCCGCUGCUCUGCUGUUAUUGUUUGUUUUUUUUUUUUUUAAACAAAAAGACAAAAGUCAUUUCUAAGACACAAUUUCACAAACACGAAGAAGACGCACUGCUGUUACCACGUUCCUUUCAAUUUUUGCCAACAAGAAUUAAACUCUUAAUCCAGAAGCCAUUGAAUUCUCUCUGUAUCGAUCACUCCUAGCCCGAACCCUAAUCCCAAAAUCCCGUCUUUCUUCCCCCCACACAAAUUUUCAACAGUUGCAGAUCAUCAUCAUCAUCAUCAUCGAUGCGGUGGGUUUGGUGGAAGAUCUGACGCCGAGCCCCCAAAAAAGAGCGAGCCUGAAAUGUUGGGAGCGAUUCAGUUGGGUGUUUUGGCGGCUUGCGUAGUGGUCCUUGUGCCGAUGGGAAUGGCUGGGUACCAUCUCAGCCGCAACAAAAUGCUCUUCUUCAGUGGGGCCCUCUUCAUCACCCUCGCCGUGGGAGUCCACCUAACGCCGUACUUCCCCUCCGUCUCCGACUUCGUCUCCACCGUAUCCUCAGUCGUCGUCAUCGACAACCGUCGCUCCUGCAUUUCUAUCCUCCACGACGUCGUUUGGGAUGUCACCCACAGCCCCAAUUUCGACCCUGUCAAUAACAACUCUGUGAAUUACGACAAGGCGUGGGGUUGGACUUCGUCUUCCCGAGUUUCCGCUUGUGGGUUCCAGAAGUUGGGUCGUUCCGACGUGUCCGAUUUGCUUAACGGAUCGUGGGUAGUUGUGGCAGGGGAUUCCCAAGCGCGGUUCGUCGCUCUUUCGUUGCUAAAUCUGAUUUUGGACUCGGAUGGAAUUGAGUCGGUUAAGAGAGAUCUGUUCAAGAGGCACAGCGAUUAUCAAAUCGUGGUGGGUGAGAUCGGGAUGAGAUUGGAUUUCAUUUGGGCUCCUUAUACUACGAAUUUGACCGAUUUGGUAGUUGGGUUCAAGCGGAAUAGGAAUUACCCAGAUGUUUUGGUGAUGGGUUCUGGGUUGUGGCACAUGCUUCACUUCACCAAUGCAUCGGAUUAUGGUGCGUCGCUACGAGAACUGAGGGACUCUGUGGUUUCUCUGUUGCCAUUUUCUCCAGAGCUGGGCAUGGACGGACCUGUGGAAGGUUCGGUACCGGUUAGAUCGCCGCACUUGUUCUGGAUUGGCAUACCAACACUGAUAAACUCGAUGCUUAAUACGGAGGCGAAGAGGGAGAGAAUGACUGAUACAAUGAGGGUUCUAUAUGAUAGGGAGCUUAGAAAAAGUAAGCUUUUGAGGCAGUCAGGUGGACCCCUUUUGAUGCUUGAUAUUGAAUCAUUGAGUUGGAAUUGCGGGGUUCGUUGUACAGUGGAUGGUAUGCAUUAUGAUGUGCCUGUGUAUGAUGCAGCAGUUCAAAUCAUGCUAAAUGCACUGCUAAUAGAAUCUCAUCAAAAACUUUGAAGGAGUUUAUUUGCUUUGUUUUUUUUUUUUUUUUGUUUUUUUUUUUUAGAUAUGUUAUGCUCUAGCUCGGAGGACAACAACAAUAUUGGUACAAGGUAUUCAGAGUUUUCGAUUCUUUUUCAGAGGUCGGAUUCUAAGCUGUUAUAUCCAUAAUUUGUUUUUCGCGUUCGUUUCCUGCUGGCUUCAGAUUAACUCAGGUGUAGAUUUUCUGUUGUAGUAGUCAUAUAUUGAAAAAAAAAUUUGUUACUUACUUCCAUACGUGUAUGAAUAUUCGAUUAUUUUUACACUUAUUGUAUUUUUAGUCAUGGAUUUAGGCAUGUUCACGUCCAAUUUUGAUGUGAGGCAAUUGAAAAGUAAUGUAUAAAUUGAAAAUACAAAUUUUAUUUUCCCUUUUCUUUACUGGUUGUUA